AUGGAUCCAAUAUUCCCGGCCCCUGUCCCCUCACCACCGCCCUCGCAGCCUGCAUCGUUGAGCAAGCGGCAAUCCGCGUCGUCACAUCGACCUUCGGCAUCGGUUUCAAGCACAAGGAACGAGAGCACCACGAGAGACAGCUCAUGGGCAGUAUGGUUUCUGUCCCAAGUAGGACUUCGUCUCCCGUUUCCGAUCCCGCCUCUGCCCGAGAAGUGGGACAGCGACUUCGAUCUGGCCCCAGAUGAGUAUAUUCGUAACAGCCAGAGAGCCCGCGACUACCUCGUCCAGGAGCGCAUGACCGAUCCCAACUUCCGCCCCCCGUCAGACCAGAAGCGCAAUCUUUUCAGGACUAAGAAGCAGAAGGAGGAGGUGGAAAAUGCCGACAACUGGACCUUCACGAUCAGCGAGGUGGCAAGCGCCUUCGACAGCCUGCUAUCUGUCGAAGGUUCCCUCGAACCUGUCGGCGUAGCUGUCGCAAUGCUUGGGCACGCCAAGGGGACAUCCUUGAACGAACUCUGGGGUCAUCUAACAGUUGAACGGUCGUCGGACAAAAAGAAACAGGCAUCGCAGUGGAAGAGGCGAUCAACGAUUGACAUUGCCUUGCUAGACUCACCAGACAUGAUAUGGUUGGAUACCAUCAUGAACAAAGGAGAAAUCGAGUAUGUGCGUCUGCUGUGCAAACACACGAGCAGCAAGGCUGUUCUAGACCGCGCUUUUGGGCUCGCUUUAGCUAAGAAUUGGACUCCCGCAAUGACACUCCUCCUCCGGUUCGGCAGUGAGGCUACCGCUUUCCAAGAGAGCAUCCGCGAGCAUAUCGGAAACAAUGACACAACCUUGGCACGACUCUUGCUGUCGGUCCCCAAAUCGAUGACCACUGCAGCCUGGCUUGAGUGCCUCACACCGCAACCUGGCAGGCCCCCGAUCACCCCUGACAUUCUGCUCAUGUGCCUCUCCACUCGGCCCGAGUUGGCCUGUGAGGCUUUGUUUAUACAGGCUUUACAGAAUCAUAGUCUUGAAGCAUCCGCCAUCGUUCUGGCUUACGCCGGCCCUCGACAGAAGUUCGAAACCGCAGGCAGAAUGUUUGCUCGCCAAUUUGUAUCUGGCAUCAGAGACAAUGACAUUAAACUCAAGUUUUUCACAAUUCUCUCUCAUGCAGGGAUAAUGGUGGAUAGUCUGGCGUAUCGAAGGGAGCUGAUGAAUAGCGUGAUGGCUAGAAACAUGGCAAUGAUCAAGGUACUCGUCGACUCGGGAAUCAACAUUGAUUGUCGGCCGGAGAGUGCUCUACAACUGGCUGUUGGGAGACUUGACUUUGACAUAAUGGACCUUCUUAAACAUGGGACCAUGGAUAUGCCAAAUGCCUCACAUGCUCUGGACUACCUACCGGCCAAGGCCACAGAGCUGGAUGUGAUCCGUUUCAUUCACAUUUUUGGGCAUAGGGGACUGACUGGAAAACACCUCGACGCUAAGCUCGUUUACGCUGUUCAUGAUAACCAGAAGGAACUCAUCAGUCUUCUUUUGAAACAGGGCGUGAGCGUCGAGUUCCGCAACGGCGCCGCUUUGCGGGAGGCCUUGGAAAGGAACUAUCUCGACAUAUUCAACCUUCUGAUCGAACAGAACUGUGCACCGGCAGUCCUUUCGAACGUCCUCCCUACCGCGCUGGAUGUUGAACCGAGCGCCACCAGGCUCCAGGUGGUAGAAACCCUUCUCCGUAAAGGGGUUCCCCUUGAGGUGCUUAUCGGCCCUUUGAUCAUUUUAGUUUCUGGGAACGAGGAACCGGAUUUCGAACUGAUUCAGCUCCUCCUCGACAAACGAGCCCCUGUUGAUCUGUACGAUAACCCAGGACUCAACCCCGUUCUCAUCGCGACAAAGCGAGGUCAUAUUAUACUCCUUAAAUUACUGAUGGAUGCCGGGCCUCGCCAGCAGACCUUAUCUACGGCAGUGUUGGUAGCAUUUGAGACCAGCGAGACUUGUGGUUAUGAUACAGCAGACGCCAUGAUUCGUUUGCUUCUUAACGCUGGAGCCAAGGGUCCUGAAGUUAAUACAGCGCUAGCUCGAGCGGUUCAAGGUGGCUACUUGGACCUGGUGCGUCUUCUACUCGACCAUGGAGCCAGCCCAGCCCAGUCUGACGGCAUGUCGUAUCAGAACGCCAUUCAGACCGGAAACUACGAGCUUCUUGAGAUUCUCUGCUCCAGAGCUCCACCAAGAAACCCUACCCUUGUAUCCUUAAUCGAGACGGCUGUUAAUCCGAAGUGGUAUGAACUGCGAACGUUAAAGUUGCUACUUGGCUGUACCACUGCAGCUUCCGCCGUGGUCAAUGUGUUAUGGAAUACCGUCAAGAUGGACGAGAAGCUGAACAACCAUCCAAAUCUGUCAGAAAUUGUCAAAAUUUUCCUGGAUAAUCACCUGGAUAUCAACGCUGCCAAGGGAUCAGUACUUAGCCUCGUCAUACAAGCAAAUGACAUCGAUCUACUAAAGGAUCUUCUCACCACUAGGCUCACUAGCACAUCAUUAUGCGCCGCGUUCUCUCAGGCAUCUUACAUCAAGAAUAGGACAGUCAAGUUUGACAUCUGGAAGACUUUGCUUAAGAAGGCCCACUGUUCAGAAAUUGGUCAGUCUGAGGCGUUGAUCCAGGAAACUCUGUUCGCCCUUAACAGUGACGAUCUCGAUGGUCUUCGACUACUAUUGCGCUACAAGGCAUCCCCCGGUCAAGGAGAUGGCACUGCUCUCCAGUCUGCCGUCACAGGUGGUUCCAUCGAAAUCGUCCAAUUGCUUCUCUUGGGCCCAGUUGGAACUGCGGUCCUGGGCAAGGCACUCCUCGCCGCUGCCGCCUCGAGUAACCCGCCAGAAACCAGGACAUCCAUUAUGAAGCUUCUCCUCACUCAAAAAGGGAAGGAAGUGCCUCCAGAGGACCUCAGUAAAGCUCUUACUCGAUCUAUCAUGAAACAUCCCGAAGAUUCGGACUUGCCGGAGUUAUUACUUUCUCACGGCGCCGAAGUUGACACUGCUGUGGUUGAGGGUAUGAUGACCGUGGCUUCCGAAGACCUCUUCAAGUUCCUUUUCUGUACUGUUCUCAGCCCGAAAGUGGUAUUUGACAGCUUUGAGCUGGCUCGGAACACUAAGAUGGACUCUGAUCGAAGAUACUGGGUAUACGACGCAAUCCUCCGCCAGGGUGAUGUAAGCAGAGAGAAGCUCUCGGAAGCACUCAUCGACUCGAUUCGAACAGACCCGAGGAGCCUCGACAUUCCAAAGCUGAUCCUCUCCCAUGGAGCCCAGGUGGGCCACAGGCACGGUGCAGCUUUCAAAGUGGCAUCCCAGUCCGGAAACAGCUCACUCAUCAAGCUUUUGAGCCAGUACCUUGUCAGCGGCGUCGAUGAUUCAACAGCCAACUUGGCCUUCGACCACGUCGUCAAGGAUGCCACGAUCCGCGGAGAAGCUCGUUUUAACAUCUACAGCAGUCUGCUUCAGUGCAACAUCAGUCAGGCAUCCAUGUACAAGGCUCUGGCCCAAGCUCUGAAGCGAAAAUGCCCCGAGCCCAAUAUCGUGUAUCUGCUUCUAGACAACGGCGUCGAUCCGAACGAGAAUGGUGGCGCAUGUUUCCAGGUUGCGAGCACCGUUGGGAACCAUGCCGUCUUCAGAGCCAUGUGCAAACAUGCGGAUGCUGCAGUCGUCUUACCAAAGCUGCUUGAUACUGUGGUCGACGCAACGUCCGCGGUAAUGCUCUUCCGCACGUGCCUCGUGGAGUCUAAGGGGACCAUUACCCAGGAAGACUUCUUGGUCAAGUGCAUGCGCAAGUUCCCGUCCAGCGGCGAGCUUAUGGAGCUCGUCCUACAGCACGGGGCUCCUGUUUCGGGUUUGGUAGAAUGCACCGUUGGCUCUGAAUGGGGUCCUGAGCAGUGCUGCCUUUUGAUCUGGGCUCUCGUCUCCCAGCCGGGCAUUUCGAACGACGUCUUAGCGCGCCUCGUGGAGCAGAGCGAUGCUGGAAUCACGUCAUUCAUCACGCCAGAGAGCAAGAUUUCUGCUGCUUUCCUUUGCCUGCUCGAUCCUAAACGUACCCCAGUAUUAGAAGCUUUGAUCCGCCGGUCUGCCAGAGAAGCCAGUAACAUGCUCGAAAGCACCAUCGCCGGGUCGACAUUGAUGAAGCUGGCACCAUAUGUGCGGUCCUCCAAGGACGAGAUCAUGCCUCCUUUCGACGAAGCCGAUGAGAUUCCUCUACGAUUAGCUUCUCUAUACCUCGUCAACUUUGAAGCCUACCAAGUCCUCGAAACUGGUCUGUCAUCAAAUGACGGAACUCUGCACCUCGCCGCCCUCCUGGCUCUCCCUAAAUUCGUGGGAUGGCUCCUCCAGUGGCACGACCCAAACCACGGGUCCGACGACUACGGCGCCAUGACGCCCCUCGCGCUGGCCUGCUCGUCCCAGCCCGAUCCCUGGUUCGAGGCCGCCAUCAGCGACGUAUCGUGGAAGUCCCGCCUCGUGGAGACGAUGAGGCUCCUCGUGCCCAAGACGGACCGUUUCUGGCGGCAUAGGGAGCGCCUGGUCCUCCACAUCGCCAUGGAGAACGGGUACGACACGACCGACGCGCUCCUCAAGGGGAUGGAGGGUGCCCUUGAGGCGCAGGCGCGCGGCAAGACGAAGCAUCUGUACACGGACAAGGCCGGGCAGGAGUACCUCCCGGUGGAGUACCUGCAGACGUUUAUCGAGGCGGAGGAGGGGGAUAUGCUGCAGCUGAAGGGCUGCCUGGGGCGUUAUGGCUUGUCGUGA